AUGGGUCUUUUUGUUGACUGUCGAGUUGGACGCCGGGUGUCGAGCGCAUCCAGGUCGAGGGCGCUUAGCCCAUGGCCUCCUCAUUUCCAGCAGCUCCCCUACGGCCACUACGAUCGUGUGCUUGGGGUUGCCGUGGAGUUUGGUGGCCUCCCGUCAUGUCUAGCACGCGUCGUCCUCUUCUCCAUCAACAAGGCAGCAUCGGCACAGCGCCAGAAGGAUGGGGAAAGCGGUGCAUUUGUGUUGCAGUUCGCCGGAGACUGGAGUGCAGCUCAGUUGGGCGGCCCGUGCGGCUCGGCCAGCUUUUCGCUGGAUGCGAUUCAGGUGCUGCCUGCCAGCGUCGCACCGGAGCGCGUCUCCGUUGUCCCCGGCGGCAGCGGCAGCGCCAUGAAGCACGACGACGACAAGUGGAAGGCGGCCACGAAGCACUACAAGGCCCUGUUGCCCGCGUUGUGGAGCGACAAGGUGCGAAACGUCAUGGACAUGAGCACCAUCUACGGAGGGUUCACGGCCAGCCUCGUCAAGGACCCCGUGUGCGUCAUGAACGUGGUCUCCUCCUACGGGCCCUACUCCCUCGGCAUCGUCUACGACAGAGGACUCAUCGGCACCAACCCACACAUUACCUCUUCUCCCAACUGCAUCCUGCUCGCCGUCAGAUGUUUAGCAUUCCCGUUACUAGAAUUGAAUUAA